CCUCCUCCCUGUCACACUGCGGCGUGUCGUGAUGCGUUCACUGUUAGGGAACGGCCCACCUGCGGCUCACCUGCCAGCCCGUCUCGUGUGUAUAUCAGGGUCCGGGAGUUAGCAGCGCCUUCUCCUCGUCGGGAGCUUCGAUAAGAUGGCGGAUUAACGAGCUGACGUUUAUUUCACCGACGCUGCAGUGACGGUUAGUCCCUGCGGAGGGGUGCGGGAUCAGAUGCGGGAUAUUUACGGUUUUCCGGCUGAGGUUUUCCGGUGGUGACGCCGGCAGACGGCUAACUUCAGCUCUCUGCUGCGGCAUCUCGGCCGAAACCGCUCCGCACGUCCUCUGACCGCAAAACCGCAGGGGCAGGAUCCCGGUUUUGACACGAACCCGGGUUUAUCGGGGAUUUUAUUGGUUCCAACUGUCAGGUUAGUGCACCGAGGACUAAAGGAGCCCUUUGUGGAUAAUUCGGGCGCAGGUACACCUCUGAGUGAUGAGAACUGCGGGACUCUGAUCCCGGAGAGUCUGACUGCAGAAUCACAUUACAAUUGCCUUUUUUCUUUGAAGAUAACCCGGGUUUUUUUUGGAUAAUCUCAUUCUAAACUUGAAGUGGGUAGAUUCAGGACUAACGGGGGCCUUUGUGGAUAAUUUGGCUCCAGGUAAAAUCCUCCUGGUCUAUGGAGACAUGAGAUACGGGCCGGACCAGGAACCCGACCGGAGAGAAGCGGUGCCUGCAGCGGAGCCUAGCAUCAGGAAAACCAGUUUUUAGUCUCCAUCCGGUUUAUUCGGGAUUAUUUUCAGCCGCAGAUUUUGAGCCGCAUGUCCCGGACCACGGGGGGUCUCUGAGGAUCAUCCGGAACCAUGGGGACUCAGGGACCGGGCCGGAAGAGGAUCCCGAACCGGGAGAAACUGACCGGAGAGGACGAUGCACUGAACCAGAUCGCCCGGGAGGCAGAGGCGCGGCUGGCAGCUAAGCGGGCCGCGAGAGCCGAGGCCCGAGAAAUCCGCAUGAAGGAGCUGGAGCGACAGAAAGAGCUGUUUCACAGUCAUAAGAAGUAUUACGGUGUGGAUAAUAAGUGGGGUCACAUUGAGCAGUGGAUGGAGGAUAGUGAGCGGUAUUCUCGCCACUCUCGGAGGCAUGCGUCGAUCUCUGACGAUGAGGAGAGGAUGUCAGUGGGGAGUCGAGGCAGCCUCAGGCCUUCGGACUACAGCGGGUUUCUGGGUUCUGGUUCUCGGGCCUCUUCCAGGGCCAGUUCAGCUCGGGCAAGCCCAGUGGUGGAAGAGAGGACAGACAGAGAGUUCCCAGAUAAAGGCUCUAGGACGGCCUCGACGCUCUCAGCAGCCACUCUGGCCUCGCUGGGCGGAGCCUCAUCUCGCAGAGGAAGCUGUGACACGUCAUUCUCCGUAGAAACCGAAGCGUCCAUCAGAGAGAUGAAGGACUCUCUGGCAGAGACUGAGGAGAAGUACCGUAAAGCGAUGGUUUCUAACGCUCAACUGCACAAUGAGAAGUCGACUCUGAUGUAUCAGGUGGAGACGCUGAGGGAGGAGCUCAACGACAUGGAGGAGCUGCUGUGGGAGACGCGGCGCCGCUGCGACGAUGCACACAAGGAGUGGGAGCGUGAGCGUCAUGCUCACAGCUUACUGCAGUUUCACUUCAAAGACAUGAAAGAAACUCUGAGACAGACUGAGGAGCUGCUCACGGAAGUGACUGACCUGCGUUUGAAGAGCAGCAGUUACUGUCAGGAAGUUACUGACCUGCAGGAGGCGCUGCAGUGGAAAGACAAAAAAAUCGGGGCGUUGGAACGGCACAGAGAAAUCUCGGACAUUGUUUGCAUUGAGCGUGACCGGCUCAGAGACGAGGUGGUUCGACUGCGAGAUUUACUAAAGAAAAACGGUGUAACCGUCUCUCCUGACAUUACCACCAAUGGGGAUGCGGAACUCGGUGGGAACGAGGACGAUAUAAGUGCAGAAUCUGCCUCUCGACUGGCUCAGGAGUCUCCUCAAGGUGGCAGAGAGAACAUGCUUGGAAAAACUAAAGAGUGGGAGACAAAAGAAGGCAACAGACCACCUGAGAACAACAAGAAAAACUACCUCUGGAAGGUUCUUAAACGGUCAAAGUCAUUGAAUGACAUUUCCACCAUCAGCAAAAGCAAGUCGAUCAAACAGCCUAUAGAAAGACGAAACACAGUUGACAAACAUCUAAGAGGAAACGAGGCUGCAAGAACCAAGCAACCAAGACCCAAGAGAAUCAAGAAAAUCCAGAGCAGGCAACAUGGACAUCUUCUACAUAGAAAGACAGGAGCCAAACUACGUAUGAAUAAAGAAAGGCCAGGGGCUGCUUGUAAGAUAUAUUUAUAUACCAAACCUAAAAAUGAAUUUGGGGUGGUUUCAACAGCACUAGCAAACCAGGAUCCAACAGAAGAGACGCACUCCUUUAGUGAACAGAUCAGCAAAACUCAGGAAAAUUCAGAAAAAUGCCCCGAGGUUGUUUCACCUGUUCUCAAAUCAAACCUUUUUCAUCAUCCUACUGAACAUGUCAUUCAGGAUAGCAAAGUGGUACUGCUUAGUGUAUCAAGUGACAAAAACUGUGAUGUUUCUGGUAGUGUGGAAAAGGUUCAGGUGGACAAAGACACAUUUCAUGAAACAGCUCAAUCACCCGAAGAACUUAAAGACCAGAGGAUUCAUGAACCAGCUAGACAUAAUUCCUCCAAAUGUGCAGAACGUAACAUUCAAACAUCAACAUCAUUUGCUCCACUGGACAUCCGUGCUGGUUUGGAAAAGAUGACUCAAAAUGUCCACCAAGGAUUUGCUGGAAAUCAAGUUUUUGUAGUUGAAAUCUCACAAAUCUUCUCAGAAAUUCUGGGAUCUCUUCAAAAGUGGACUUCAGAUUUGGAAAAUAUAUUAAAGAACAAGCCUAGUCAGCACAACAAAGAGCAAACUGGCCACAUGAUGGAUCCUACACUUAAUAAAUAUGUGGAAAAAUGUCUGACCCGACCUUUAGGCCUACUGAGAGACAAUUCAGCUUCAAGGAUGUUGGAAGUAGCCUCCACAAGUAAACUGUAUGCAGAUAAUCUGGAUCGUCCUAUGAAUGCUGACCAAAAGGCACAAAGGAUCAUGUCUAAAACCCAUGAAAUGGAAGUGGUAGAAUUGUUUGGAGGAAAUCCUGCUGAUAUAGAUGAAACAACUGUAACAAGCUGCUCAGAGCCUUUUGAUUUUAUCGACUCCUACUUCACUAAACCUGAAGAGGCCACAGCAAAGGUGUCUGGGUCAAAUCUGGGUUCAUCAACAAGUUCAAAGAGAUUCAAAAGUCAAAGCUGUCAUGUAGUAGCUGCCAAAAAUUCAAAGGAGUUGGUUGGAGACACUGACAGUUGUGAGGAGAUCAACGAGGAGGGCCAACAGACGGAAAUGGAGACUCUUGCUGAAGUUGGAAGCAUGAAAUGCCGCAGAAGACAGAGAGAGUCAUGUUCCGACUGCAGGAAAAAUAAAAAAUCUGAGUGCAGCAUUUCCUAAAAUCACAAGAAUGAAGGAAAUGAUGAUUUAGUAGUCACAGUGUUGGAGCUUUAGAUUCUAAAUUAUUAGACUUUGAAAUAUCAAUGAAGCAUCAGUACUGUUAUCAGUACUUAAGUAUUUGAACUGAUCAAAUAAAUAAAGUGAAUAUUUAAAUCAUUCACCUAUAAAUAUGUUCUUUACUGACAUGUUUUUAUAAGCUGACUGCUUGGAAAUUGUUUUCUUGACAGUUAAUUGCAACACUGUACAAGGGUAAGCAGCUGUAAACUUUAACUGCCAUGAAUUUGGCAUCAAAACAAUUACAUGAAAUCAAUAGUUUAUUUCUGUUUAAAUGGGUUGAUGGUAUUUUUUUUUUUCCAGAUUAAUAAAACGUACUUGUUUGAAAAGAAUAUUUGUCUGUAUUUUACAUUUGAAAUUUUCCAUCAUGAAUAAAUUUAAAGUUGUAUUAAGUAAUUUUUGGCUUGAGGAAGCAGAAAGGCUUCAAAUUGGUGCCCAGUACACUUAAAGAACUUAAAGAACUGAUAACUUCAGAGUCAGAGUUGUAGAUUAGCUUUUCAAGGAUCUACAUUGAGUCAUUUUAUAUUUUCUAUCAUGUUUCAGCUGCUCAGACACAACACAUGCAAAGUGUGUUUGAAAAACCACAACUAGUCAAAGGACUUUACUUAAUGGAGCUUUCAACUUCCAUUUACAGGAUUUAUUAUUAUUCUCACAUAAUGCAUCACUCAUAAUGUUCUCGGGAAGGAUUGGCACAGAUCUUUUCCAACACAAUUAAAGGGACACUCUGCUCACAAUCAAUAAAACUAUAAUGAAAGGCAGAUGUGCCGAAUCAGUGUUUGAUGUUUAAUUCAAGGUUAAACCAUAAAAAGAUUCAGGUUAGAAUAAUAUGACUGCUUCCUGGACUUAUUUUUUUCUGCU